CUUCCGGGCAGUGAUAACAUUGGAAGUCUGUGCUCGGCACUUAAGUAAUUACAUAUUCCAUAAAGAAAUCCAAAGUGUGUGUGGGGAGGGGGGGGGGCAAGAACUCGGCACUUAAGUAAUUACAUAUUCCAUAAAGAAAUCCAAAGUGUGUGUGGGGAGGGGGGGGGGCAAGAGGGGGGGGGGGCUUUUUGGUUUCUUUUUACUGUUGAUGUCUUCAGUAACCUUAAGCAAUCAUUUAUUUUUAGUGUAGUCUACAUAGAAUUCUAGUGUAUUCUACAUAGAAAUUUAGUACAUUCUAUUUAUAAACAGUCUUUAUUUUUUUAUAUUUUAAUGAAAUUAUUUGCAAACCAUUGAUUUCGCCUCUUUUUAACUGCCAGACAUUAAGGAUCGUAUCUCAACUGUUGAGCUAUGAGUGCAUCAUUGUUGAAGGAUGUAUACGUUUUAGUUCUGCUCUGUUUUCUACAGCAAGGACUCAUACAGCAAACAAACUGCUCAGGUAAUUUCAUUUCAUUUUUAGUUUCAUAAACAAAGACAAAAAUCUUUAAACACAUUCUAUUUAUUUUCCUUUGGAUAGGAAUGUAAAUGGGGGUGGGGGGUGUCCACCGCCAAGAGAAGCACUUCUGUUAAUGUUAAACAGCAACACAAUAUAACAGUUCCUUGUGGGGAACAUAUUAUAGGAGGUCCCCCCCCCCUUGGUGGCGUUUAUUUAAGGUGCGCCACUGGCUAGGACGCAAGGCGUGAAAGUCAAAACACAAGUGGUGUGCAUUUGUGCAUGCAAAAAGGCCAUUCUUCCUAUGAUAUUUCUUAAUAAAAUCUUCUUUCUAGUAAUAUAAAUGUUUGAACGUGUUCACCAAAAACUCUGAUCCGGGCAGUGUAACCAUUAGAAUGAGAAGAUUACUGAAUGUAAUACUAGCAUAUUCUAUCUUUUCAUCAGAUGUCGUAGGUUGCAAGCGAAGCAUUUAGCUCAAGCUGCUCCUACUUAAAAGCUUCCAAUUAAAAACUGAAUUUUUCAUGGAUAAAAUUUGUUUCCCUAAUACAAACAUAGAACUGACAGUCUCUAAUUAUCAAAUUUUGUAUCAAAUACCUACAAAUCGAAAUUGAUACCAGCCGAUUUCUGAUACUACCAAUGUGUAGAAGAAUAUCCAACAAAAGAGCAUCAAAGAAAAACAAAGAAUAUCUAAAAGUAGCUAAGAAAAAUGUUUAAAAAUAUCAAAGAAUAUCAAAGAAUAUCUAGGAGUAUCAAAGAAUAUCGAAGAAAUCUAAGAAUAUCAAAACAUAUCAAAGACUAUCUAAAAAUAUUAAAGAAUAUUGACGAAUAUUAAAGAAUCUAUCAGAAUAUCUAAAAUAGACACCCCUCAUCAAUGUUUACCAAACUGAGAUUGAAACCGGUACAAGAACUGAAACCGACGUGUACCCCGUGUACCCCGGGACAAGCCAGCUAAACCUUCACUAUCCCGGUCCAUCCAGGACUUACCCCGGGACAAGCCAGCUAAACCUUCACUAUCCCGGUCCAUCCAGGACUUACCCCGGGACAAGCCAGCUAAACCUUCACUAUCCCGGUCCAUCCAGGACUUACCCCGGGACAAGCCUGCUAAACCUUCACUAUCCCGGUCCAUCCAGGACUUACCCCGGGACAAGCCUGCUAAACCUUCACUAUCCCGGUCCAUCCAGGACUUACCCCGGGACAAGCCUGCUAAACCUUCACUAUCCCGGUCCGUCCAGGACUUAUUAUAAAGCCUCUUUAUAAUCUUUUUUUUUUUCGUCCAUUUCACAGAAUGUGGCGGAACCUUGAUACAGGAGAAUGGCGUCAUCUUGUCUCCAAAUUAUCCGAACAAUUAUGCAAACUAUUUAGCUUGCAAAUGGACAAUAAAGGCCAAAGAAAACCAGAUAAUUGACUUGAGGUAUACUUAUUUUUUCCUGUAAAAUUUGACAUCACAAUAACAUAAAAAUAAAGGACUAAUAAUGAAUAGGCUUGUUUUGAAUUUAGUAUAGGCUGUAUCAAGGGGAAUAAUGCCCAAAUUAAAACAUCUCUCCACAGCUAACGUUAUCUUUAGUAGCCAAUGUUAUGUACAGCUAUAUGAUUUUUUAUACUUACAAAAAUACAUCUUGAAUGAUAACAAAAUGUGUCGAUACACCGAUACUAUUACUAUCAUCAUUUUGAAUUCGAUGACACGUUAGUUAUUGUGAGGCGACAUCUAGUUGCCACUUUUAGACGCUUCUGCGCAUUAGUAGGCCAAUUGCUAAGUGGGUUACUUGCGUGCAAAAGUUCUACCAGAUGCUUUGACCUAUCACAAUGCUUUGAAAAGGAAAAAACAAAUGUAAGAAAAUUGUGUAAUCUUCCCGCUAACCGCGACCCAGACUCUGGGUUAGACUUAAACUAUCGCAAACUAAGUUUGAUUUUUUUGUUUAAUAUUUGAUUGAAUUUUUGAGGCAACGUUCGACCGUAUUGAAAACAAUAUUUUAGUUUUUGUUUUUAUAUGGCUGGGGAAACUUUCUAGGAAUUUAAAAACCAAAUAUGACACAAAAUCAAAACAUUGAACUACAUGAUUAGUUAUGACAACUUUUUUUCAACUUUUUGUAGGUGCCCCAUCAGUCAGUGAACGAUAUGAAUUUUGCAGUUGCAGAAGUAGGGAAUCUAGUUGUCUUGAGGUGUCCAAUUGGACUCUGAAUAUCUAAAUAAAAUAUGCAACAGUAAAUUAAAUAUGCUUAAACUUACAACUAAAAACAAUCAGCUGAAGUUAUUCAAUAAAAAAAAUAAUUAAUACAUGUUUUAUUUAAUUUUGUUGUCUAAAUCUAUCCGACCUAAACUUUGGUUUCAAACAAUAAUUUAUUAUAUCGCCUACUUGUUAGAAUUAGAAUAUCUUUGUCAAAACUUGCUUCAGCAAGGUCUCCCCAGAAUCGAAAACCGCUGCAAACUAUCUGCCUCACCAAUCUUUAUCUUUGACCAAAAGUUCAUCACAGUGGUAACUUGCAUCAAAUAUGUGACGUCAAAUGAUGAACAUGAUUAAAACUAAAACUAAUUUGCACUUCCUCUCAUGGCUGCUAAGUGACGAUGAUCUUCUAUAUUUCAGAUUUAAAAGGUUUGACACUGAGCAAACAUACAUGUGCUAUGAUACGGUAGAGGUUUUUGAUGGCAAUAAACUGACCACGUUUUGUGGAUCCAAGCCACAAGCGGUCUUAACCAAAAUUUCCCUGAGAUCAAAGAGAAAUGUUAUGGUUGUUAACUUCAAUUCGGACGGUUCAGAAUCAAGACCUGGCUUCCUUGCCACCUACUGGAUGCAUGGUUUGUAAUACACAAAGUUCAAUAGAGUCAACAAAUUAUUUUUUAAAUUGCAAAAUAACCUCAUUUACAAUUUUUUUGUUUUUGACUUAAGUCAUCCUUAAUAAUUCUUUUCCCUACAGAAUGCCCCCAAUUCUCCUAUGGUCCCGACACCUGCAACAAAACAUGUCAAUGUGUGCCAGAGAACUCAGUCCAGUGCGACAAUGUAAACGGCACCUGCUACUGUCAAUCAGGGUGGACGUCACAUGACUGUUCCGUGGAUAUCGAUGAGUGCCGAAACGCGCCGAACGAGCUGUGCCCCGGUGAAAAUCAAGAUUGUGUCAACACACCUGGCGGUUACCUGUGUGAUUGUAGACGAGGUCUUGUCAAAAAUGUCACAGGACAUUGUCAGGGUGACUUGAAUUAUUGGCUUUAGGUGUAUUACGCAUGCUUGUAAAAAAAAAGAAUAAUUCAAAAGUGUGUUACAAUGCUAUUAUCAUGUCCGGCUCAUAUCACCGGGUUAACGGUAUCAGUAUGUCAGCAUUAUUAAGGUGCUCAGUUGAAUGAGUUUCUUUCUUACCCAGUUACUGAAUGAGGGAGUUGUCUUUUUAAGGCAACAGCCAAAACAAUUAGACAAACGUAGAUAUUUUUUUUCCUUUAAAAGGAUUGACUUUUUUUGUUUUAAUAUAAACUAUAUAAACUAUAAUACACUAUAUAUAUAUAUAUAUAUAUGUGUGAGUGUUUGUGUGUAUCAUCUAUAUUUAAUUUAUUCAGCGGGAAUACUCUUUCAGACCCUAAGCAAUGCGUGGAGAAGAAAUGUUCUCACAUGUGUGGAGUAGUUUCCACCAACCCUUGGACUGAAGUGUGUUACUGCCCAAAUGGGAUGGAGCUAGACCCAGUUGAUGAUAAAACAUGUGUGGGUGAGUCACUUAGAGCAGGGGUCUCAAACUCAAAUCAUCCGGGGGGCCGCAGGAGGUAGAGUCUGGGUGAGACUGGGCCCCAAUCAAGUAAACAAAAAAUGCGAUUACAAAUUCAUUAAAGUAAAACUGGUACUAUCUGGUCAGAGAUUAUUAAUAACAAAAUAAAAAAAAUAAGGAUUCUAAGAACUAGGCUUCUUUUCUUCCUCCUACUCCUUGUUGCUAGAGACCUGUCAGUGCUUCUUCUUACACUACUGAGCAACAUUUGGCUUGAGUGAGGAAGCAACUGAGACCCUCAGUGAAGCUUGAAGAUGCUCAUCAGUAAAUUUGGCCCUCAACUUUGACUAUUUAAAUUUCAUAGUGGGAAAAGAGCUUUUAACACAGAUGGGUACUCCCAGAACAGCACAUUAUCCACUUGAGCAACCUGACCUGGAAAUCUCAGUAAAGGUGGAGAGCAAUACUCUCAUAACUUGUCCAUGCUUGUCUGUUUCUCCAUUCACUCCCUGAACUAAGAAUUGCACUGAAGAUCAAUCAGUUCCAUUUGAAGCGGGAAAAAAAUGUGUGUGUGUGUGGGGGGAGGGGGUGUUUGGGCGCAUCUUCCACAUUAUAGGAGAAAAGAUCAGCAGAAAGUUGAAAAGUCGCUCUGUCUGUUUUUAAGUCUAAAAAAUCUGAUCAAAUUCUUCCUGGAGCUUUGCAAUGGCAUCAGUAUACUUACUACUGAAUGGUGUGCUCGAGUACAUGAGUACUUUGCAGGUUGGGAAAUGGCAGAGGUUUUAUGCACAGGCAACACUGACAAGCUGCCCCUGGUCUUCUAACUUCUUGAUGAGUACAUUCAGCUCCUGUAUAAUGUCAACAAGAAAAGCUGUCCAUGAGCCAUUUGGGAUCACUUAGUACAGGAAAAACCACCUCAUCCUUCUCCAGAAAGGCUUUGAAAGCUAAAACAGUUCAAACAGUGGGCAGGAGCAGGCGAUAUUUAUGAAUUAUUGAUGCGAAGGAAGAUGCUAUUGCAGGGAUAAUGAAUGACUUUUUUUCUAACCCUAUUUUUAAAUGGAACCAAGCUCACAUGCUUGGAAAUUCCCUCUCUCGUUAAAAGUAAGGACACUUUAAAUAGGGAUCCUUUGAUACUGUGUCAGAUUGCUACGAUUUACACAAUUAUGGUUGUGAUUUAUCCACUAAUUGAAAUUUAAAACUUUUCUAAAAAAAACGCACUUUGGCCAUGUUUGUCUCAUAAAAUGCUACUGCUACAAAAUUAAAAAUGUUCGUACCGUUUUUAAACGGUUUUUACCAUUAUAAUCAACGUCCAAAUCUAUACAAACAUAAAAAUAAAAUCAGAAUCAGACUAGUUGGUGAGAUUAGACUGAAAUCGUCGCGGAAGGUCACAUCUUAGAGUAUGAGAAUGGGGAAACCUUGCGGGCUGCACAACGCUAAACUUUGCUGUCAUGUGGUGGGCCGCGAGUUUGAGACCCCUGACUUAGACGGAAUAAUAGAAAAUUAAAUUUUUCUUAGUUUGCAAAACAUUAACCAAACAAUUGAUGAAAACAAAAAUCAUCGUUUGUCAAAAGCAAAUGAGCGAAAAAAAAGUAUGGGGAAAACCUGAAAAAAAAGAAGAAACAAAACAUCAAACGUGUCGGCAAGUAGCCUUCUUCAUCAAAGAAACAACAUUAAAAACAAUAUAAAAUUAAAAUUAACACUUAAUAGCAAUGUAGUAUCCGAGAGAAUAGCAAGAGUAAUGUGGCAGAACAUAAGUAGGUUAGAGAUUUAAUACAGGCAAAAUGGGACGGAAGAGAGGAAAAUUAAGUUCACUUCGUUUGGUCAUAACGUGAAAGUGGCAUAGAAAAAGUUUUAACAAGUGAAGGAGAACUUAACAUCCAAGCCAUGUGGUGUCAAGGCUCCAUAAGUCUGAAUCACUUUGUUUUCCAAGUUCACCUGUUUUGGUGUGUUUGUACCAGACACAAUGACGGUGAUGGCAAAAUCCUCUGAACCCUUGCGAUCUCUUCUAUUGGAGUUCUUUGAGAUGGGACACUGCUUAUUUGGCACAAUACUACGAGGGCGCUCAGUACAAUUGUCAGAGAGGUGGCGUCUAGGCUCACCUGGAGACACCAUCUGGCACCGGGUGCAAACAAUGGUCUCGACACCGUUUGUCGGGCGUACGGUUGUGUUCUAAUAUAAAAUACAUGUUUCAUCUUUCCUUUAACAAGUAAGCUAAUUUCUUUUCCUUUAAAUGAUAAAGUGUUGCACUUGAAUGAAAAUAGGACUUAUGACAAAAAAAAUCUGUAGCAUCAAACAGUUCUAUAUCUUCAUCAUCAUAUCAUCAUCAUGUCCGUUAGUCCUUGGACUGUUGGGGCGCCACAGAUGACAUGUGAACUAUCCCAUUCGUCUCUGUCUUCUCAAAAUCUUAACUUAGUAUAUAUAUAUAUAUUUCUGCAUCUUUCUUAAAUUAUAAAUUUUAACAUUACCAUAAUUUUAAAUAUUUUCUUAGAUUCACACGUUUUAAGUUUCUACUUUAUCCUUUAUUAAUGUCUUUGAUAAUAGAGUGUGACGGUUGGAGUUACGGUAAGGACUGCACUCUCAAAUGUCAGUGUGACCCCAAUCGGGCGUCAACGUGUGACAGCUUCAGCGGAGAAUGUCAAUGUAAACCAGGGUGGGCGAGCCCUGGCUGCACUAACAUCAACGAGUGUGCCUUGAAUGCCAGCAGCCAUAUAUGUGGCUCUUACGGCACCUGCCUGGACCAACUGGGAACCUACAACUGUAUGUGCCACGACCAGUAUGAAUUUUUUAAUGGAACCUGCAAAAGUAAGACUGCUUAGGGGACUAGUAUUUUCCCGCGCAAAGUCGUAAGAGCUAUGCAUUUUUCUUCUUCUCUUCAGGCAAUAGUUUUUGAAGGAAAAAAAAAGUGGAGAAAAUAUAAUUUAAUAAGUACUAGGCAUUGUGGUUAGGGAUAGAAAUUUAACUUUGGAAUCCAUUUUGUGCCAUUGAAUUCCUAAUUACCCUGCCUCUGAAGAAGCUAAAAAAAUGGGUUCUUCAUUUCUCUGUGAUAACCAUCUUAUAUGUUGUGUGAUGAAACCUCAUAAAAUAACCGAAGAUAUCCUUUUUUUGCUCCUGGUCUUCGUGCAUCAGCUAAAAUGCAAUAAAUUUCGUGUUGUUUUAAAUGAGAGAGAUAUUAUGGAUUAUUGUAAUGUAAAAAUAAUUAUUGUUUUGAUUUAUUUCCUUAAAAAAAAAAUAAAAAAAAACAGAAUGCGGCAGGGAGUUAACAGAAACAGAAGGAUUUAUAUACAGAAUGGUGGGAUCUUCAGACGGUUCAUCUUUUGAACAGUGCUACUGGACCAUCAGAGCUCCAGAAAAUCAUGUCAUUUCAAUAAGGUAACUUUUAAGCAACAAAAAAAAAAACAUCCCCUUUUCAAUUCGGUAACUUUCUUACUUAUUUUAAAUCUUAGACUUCUCUCUCUCUCACCCCCUCUCUCUACCUCUCCAUCACUCUCUGUCUCUCUCGGUCUCUCUCCAUCUCUCACUCUCUUUCUCUGUCCCCACUUCUCUAUCUGUUUCUCUCUCUCUCUCUCUCUCUCUCUCUCUCUCUCUCUAUCUAUCUAUCUAUCUAUCUAUCUAUCUAUCUAUCUAUCUAUCUAUCUAUCUAUCUAUCUAUCUAUCUAUCUAUCUAUCUAUCUAUCUAUCUAUCUAUCUAUCUAUCUAUCCAUCUAUCCAUCUAUCCAUCUAUCCAUCUAUCCAUCUAUCUAUCUAUCUAUCUAUCUAUCUAUCUAUCUAUCUAUCUAUCUAUCUAUCUAUCUAUCUAUCUAUCUAUCUAUCUAUAUGUCUGUCUGUCUGUCUGUCUGUCUGUCUGUCUGUCUGUCUAUCUGUUUGUCUCUCUCUGCAUUGAAAAAUAGAAUAUCGUGUACAUCAGUUUAAAUUCAAACAUGUAAUAUAUUUUUAUGCCAGCCAGACAAAAUCAGCACACAACUCUAUGAUACCUUAAAUUAUUAUUAAAAAGGGUAAGGAAAGCUUCAUCGUGUUUAUUUGUCCAAUGCCCUGCUGAACUGUCUGAUCUUUUCACUUUAAAUCAUUUUGAUGAACCAUCAACAAUAAAUGCCACAAAUAACCUUAUAGUUUUCUUCCUUUCUUUGGUGAAAAUGUAUGUCUUACUCUUUGUAGGAUUGUAUGUCUUACUCUGUGGGAUUUUUAUGUCUUACUCUCUGUGGGAUUGUAUGUCUUACUCUGUGGAAUUGUAUGUCUUACUCUCUGUGGGAUUGUAUGUCUUACUCUCUGUAAGAUUGUAUGUCUUACUCUCUGUAAGAUUGUAUAUCUUACUCUCUGUGGGAUUGUAUGUCUUACUCUGUGGGAUUGUAUGUCUUACUCUCUGUGGGAUUGUAUGUCUCACAAUCUGUAAGAUUGUAUGUCUUACUCUCUGUAGGAUUGUAUGUCUUACUCUCUGUGGGAUUGUAUGUCUUACUCUGUAGGAUUGUAUGUCUUACUCUCUGUAGGAUUGUAUGUCUUAUUCUCUGUGAAAUUGUAUGUCUUACUCUCUUUGAAAUUGUAUGUCUUACUUUUGUAUGUAUUACUCUCUGUGAAAUGGUAUGUUGUUCUCUCUGUGAAAUUGUAUAUACAGUGGAACCUCUCAUAACGAGCACCUCGCAUUACGAGUAAUUCGCAUAACGAGGAAAAAAAAUGUUAAGAAGUUGCUCCUUCAACAUCAAAAUCUGCUCUAUUCUCAAGAACAAAAACAAAAUUAAGGAGAUGGAUGGAGAGCGCAUUAAUGGAGGAUUAAGUAGCAGAGCAACAAUCUUCUAGCGCAAUAAGAGAAAUGCUGAAAGCAUGGGCAACUGUUGCAUCGUACAUUAAGAAGCAUCACCCUAAUAAGGAGGUGGCUAUUCGUGCUACAAAUGUAUUCAAUGAUAAUGCUGUGGCACAUUUUCGUCAAAUUUUGAAGCGUCAGCAAAAACAAAUGUCUUUAGACAGUUUUCUAGUUAAAAAGGAUUAAUUAUUUGUAAUAAAUUCAUAUUUUUAUUUACGUUUUUUUGUUUCAAAUCUAAAUUAUAUUCCAAGCUGUUACACUCCUUAACAAUUGAUAAGUCAUUUUAUUUGAAUAAAUGUUAAAUUUUUUUUUUUUUGAAAAAUGAGUAUUUUUUAAGCAUGGAACGCAUUAUCGUAUUUUACAUUGAUUUGUAUGGGAAAAAUUGUUUCAUUUAACGAAGUGUUUCGCUUAACGAGUAAGAUUCUAGAACGAAUUAGGCUCAUUAUGAGAGGUUCCACUGUAUUACUCUCUAUGAAAUGGUAUGUUAUUCUCUCUGUGAAACUGUAUGUCUUACUCUCUAGGAAAUUGUAUGUCUUAUUUUUGUAUGUCUUAAUCUCUGUGAAAGUGUAUGUCUUACUCUCUGCAUGCAGCUGAAGUCAUAACGAUAUGCCGACGUCGUAGUGAUUCUUAGAGGUGUUAUAUUAAGUUAGCUUUGUGUGUUUGCUUGUCUAGGCGUUUGCCGGGCAUUGAGUGUCAGUCCACAAACUUGGGAUUAACUCACUUAAGACCGCUCGGCCACCCAGAACCCCAGUUGGUGGGACUUGUUAACCUUGGAUGAUAAGUCAUCUAAAAGAGAAGGCCAUCUCUGAAAUCAAACCAGAGAUGGAGUCCCGUGGGCGUCAUGACACCGACACAAUUAAAAAUACAGAAGAAAAAAACCCUGCGAAGUGGAACGCAUAAAGAUCACAUCGAAACACAUAAAAAUGCUGCUACUGUCCCCCCCCCCCCCCCCCCAACACACAUCCAUUACCCUAAUACAGUUAUCUGGACUAAGUCUUGCCAUUGGAUUAAAUGGUCAAAGACGAGAAAGCGAGGCUGAUGAAUUUAACAAUUGCACCUUACUUUAAACAAAAUACAGCACAAGUCAAGGCUCCUUCUCAAGCCUUGUUCAUCUUUCCAUGCGCUGGGCAAACAAUAAUAAUAUUAAUCAAUGAAUCGUAUUGCUUUUUGUUUAAUGAUUAGUGCACGAUACAUCAUUUGUUUUUCUUGAGGUUCACUUCGUUUUCAAUGGAUUCUGGAUUCGUCAAACUGUACAGUGGCAAUGGGUCAAAGACUGCAUUUGCUACAGUAACAGUAAGUAACAAGAAUCAUCUCUUCCGUUCCGCCACCAAUGUCUUGAAAAUCGAUGACAACUUCGCUAAGUUUCCGAAUUUCUUCAAUCUUACAUACUGGACUCAUGGUAAAAACAUGAAAUUGGCUUUUUAUUUACAAACAAAUGUAUAAAUUUUUGGUUUUUGUAUUGUAUUAGAUAUUCAUAACUCUACUAGUAUACUUGGUUGGUGAGAGUCUAGUGAAAUAUUGAUACGUUUAUAUUAGGUUAAUUGUUUUUUUUUAAAAUUGCGUUUGCAUGCAAGUACAUUCGAUAAUGUACUUUUAAAAAUAGGUUUCAUUUUUACAAAAUUAAAAACGCCGUUAUAUAAAUUGGCUUGACUAGAACUGUUUAUAAAUUUGUGAACUCUAAAUGAAUUACGGGCUAGUGAGUGAACAAAAAAAAACAGAAAAAGGAAAACAAUCAAAAACUAUGUUAUUAAUUUCUCAAUACCCGGUAUCUACUUUUGAACCAAUAUUCCAAUAUUUGCGCUACCUAUCAUUAGCAUAUUAUUGUCUCUUACCUCAGAAUGUGACCCUUUCACACACGGUGACAGGUGUGAAAGUAGAUGCGAUUGCUUGGCAGAGCAUACAAUCUCUUGUGACAGCCUAGAUGGUAACUGCGUAUGCGCCUCAGGGUGGUCAGGAAGUAGUUGUACUGUGGAUGUUAACGAAUGUGCACCCUGCACGUCUCAGUGUCUGAGAACCCCUGGUUGCCUCUGUUCACAAUGCCCGUAUGAUCAGAACUGCUACAAUCAUGAAGGGACAUUUGAGUGUGUUUGCAAAGAAGGUCUCCUAUUUAAACCAACGGGAAAAUGUGGAGGUAUGAUCUACUCACACCGCAUUUAAAGAUGUAAAAAAAAAAAAAAAAAAAAAAAAAACGUUUACUUGUAUCAUCUUCCAAAUGAUGUCUUAAACCUAUCACUAUUCAAUUGCAUUAUUCGCAUUUAGUUUUAAAAUACAAUUUCCUCCUCUUUGAUCCGUGGAGAACCCAGAUAAGUAAUGCAGUGGUGUCAUUAGGGGGUGCGGGCAGUACCGGAUGACACCUUCACACAAUGGGAAAACUCUAAGCUUGCUCGAGUUUGUCCUGAAAUAAAUCUAGGUUAAAUAAAUAUUUCUUUCUAUUUCAAUCUUCCGCAUACCUUGCUCUGUUAUUUCCUUCACACAGCUUCAACGCAGUCCUUCAUUUAUUAUACUAUUGUCCCCCCCCCCCCCCCCCCCCCAGACUUAAACUUUUUUACCUGGUGAGUUCUCUGAGGGGUUUACUUUAUUGUAAGUGGCACGCUUGCUAAGGCACCACUAGGCCAAAUUUUGGUCAAUAUUGGAAAUUUUAAAAUUCAAAUAGAUCAAUCGAUUUAUUGGGAAAUGUUUGCAUCUUUGGAAACCAGGAAAGUAAAGUUUUAAGUGUAGGGUUUAAUGUUUCAAUAAAAGUACAUUGUUUUGCAUUUUUAACACUCUGGCCUAGUUAAAUGGGGGGGGGGGCGGGGCGACUUUAUCAUAGGCUGACACCAAACCUAGUGAGACUGCUGAAGUAAUGUAUUAUUAAACUAAGUUACAAAGUUACAACUAAAAUCCAGCCCAUGUCCCAUGUUCUAAAUGUCCCAUGUCCCAUGUUCUAAAUGUCCCAUGCCCCAUGUUCUAAAUGUCCCAUGUCCCAUGUUCUAAAUGUCCCAUGUCCCAUGUUCUAAAUGUCCCAUGUCCCAUGUUCUAAAUGUCCCAUGUCCCAUAUGUCUGCAACUAGAAGGAUAUGUUACCAAACGCUGGUCAGUUUAAAUACAUUUAAUAUUUCUUUUCUUCUCUUCAGCUUGUCCUCAUCUCACUUAUUCUGAGAACUGUUCCAAGACAUGUGACUGCGUGCAAAACCACACACUCUCCUGUGAUGCUACCUUUGGUACAUGCAAGUGUAAGCCAGGCUGGGAGUCACAUGACUGCUCCGUUGAUAUCAAUGAAUGUUUCUCCUACAGGUUUGAAUGUCCCUCUCAGUUCGCUUACUGUGAGAAUCUCCCAGGCAGUUAUGCAUGUCAUUGUUUUGACGGGCUAGAGAUGGAUGAAGAUAGAAACUGUGCAGGUAAUUUUGUAUGGGGUAUUUUUUAAGGCUGGCAAUUUCAGUAUUUGUUUUCAUGUGCCUAUUUUUUAAAAAAAAUUGUUCUCAACGUGCUGGUUGAAUAUACUGUUAUAAAUAAGCCACAUGAGAUCUGCAAUAUAUAUUUAUAAAACUGUUUUGACUUAUUGAAUAAAAAAAAAAUUCCUCUCUGCGCGAUUGUUAGAGUAGCAUUCGUAAUUUCAACCACUUUAUCUUCCGUUACCUCAAACUCUUCAGCUCCCUUAGUCAUCCACCAGCCUUUGUCAUGUUGUAGUUUUAACUUUAUUUAACACCUCCUCCCCAAAUUUCAUUUGAAGCCUACAAGGAACCGAAGAUCUUGACAGUUCCGAAGUACGAGUUGUAAAUGUUAUGAACUAGAUUUAGGAACGUGAAUGUUUGUUAUGAAAGGCAGCCGAUGAUGGUCACGGGAGGGUUUUUGUGAGAGUGAGGUUGUCAUUCGUCGGGAGUGGUUAUGCAAGGUCAGAACGUGGGGUUAGAUAGUGGUGUUCGGUUUUUUUAGAGAAUGCCUAUGGGGAGUGAUAGGUUUCGAAAGAGUAGUGUGGUAAGUUAUGUUGAGCCAUACCAAGUGUACAAAGAACCACCGAUAGUAGCAACAUAAAAAAGGGCAGACAGCGCUGGACAUGACAUAUUGAAAGAAUGCUGGAAUGUACAACAGAGAAAAGUGAUAUAAAGGCAGAAAACUAUGGAGCAGACGACUCACCGGUCGCCCAAGGCUGAGAUGGAUCGACGGUGGCGAUUAGGGGUGGACAGGAGAGUUCAAGCGGCCCGGGGAAAAAAAACAAAGUGGCCCGGGAAAAUAACAAAAAGUGGCCCUGUCUUUAUGACUUUUAUUUGUAUUAUAUCACCGGUCCUGGCGGCUCAUCGGGAAUCUUCCCGGCGGCCCAGUCCACCCCUGGUGACGAUGUAGAGUUAGAUUUACACCAGUUGGGGGUUCGCGCAUGGAGGCGAAAAGUUUUUAUUGCACACAUUUCCUAGGAACUCUAUACAAUACCGAAGAGCAACCCGACAAUGUAUAGAAUACCCCGCCAUUCAUGUUUGAUUCGUGGAUCGUUCCGAAAGGAAGGAUGAGAUGAAGCAGGCCAGGACCCUACCUGGGCUUUAACGCCACUGAUGAUGAUAUUAAGGGCAGUAUUCCUAAGUGUUUUUCUGGCAGGAUGGCCGUGAAUUCAGAUGGGGGUAUCAGCCAACUUUUUUUGCUGUUAGCAACGCGUUUUCAUUGUGUGCAACUUUUUUGUUUUGAACACGGUGUAAUAUUAAAGAGAAUGUGUAAAUAAAAAUCUCUUUUAUUUUCACUCGGGGUUAAAAAUGGGGACGCCUGCCACUUUUUUAUCAAAUUUUACGAAUGUAUCCCUAAAUCGAUCCCUAUGCCUAACCUGAACCCUAAAUCGAUCCCUAUGCCUAACCUAAACCCUAAUUCACUGCGACUAUAAUAAAGAUAAAUAAGACGCCGUGGCAGCCGUCCUCGGUUUUAGCCUCACUUGGCACUGUUACCUGUUGUAGUCACCAGAUGUGGACGUAAGCAUUCAUUAGACAUGGUUGUUACCAUAGAAAACAAGUAGGGCUCAUCAAACUGUCCGUUCAUCAUCGGCACCUAUCGGCAAUAGGCAGAGGCGUAGCUAGAGUGUUUGGCGCCCGGGGACAAGAUUCACCGUAAAGCGCUCCCUUUUCUUUUUUCAUCUCUCAAACCCGUUAUUUUCAUCAAUAAAAUAAUAUCAAAGCACAAUUUGGCGCCCCUCACUAGCUGGCGCCCGGGGACAUCUGUCACCCCCUGCACCCCUUCGCUACGCCUCUGGCAAUAGGCUAGUGCUAGACUUUGUUAAUUGUAAGAAAGAAGAUCGUAACAAUAUUUUUUUUUAUUUUAAUUCUUCUUUGUUAAAAUGUUACACGUUGAAUAAAACAAAAUCACGUUUUAAUUUGUAAAAAAAAAUUUGUAUGGCAUAAAACUAACUCUUGCCUUUUUUUUUAACCUUUUUUUCCAAAUAUUUUAAAUGCUAUGAAGGAUGUGUAUCUUUCUUUUUUUUUUUUUUUUUUUUUUUUUUUUUUUUUUGUAUAGUAAAAAAUAAUGAUUCCAAUUGCACCUCAAGCCACUGCCCCGGUGUGUGUGUCCAGAUGACAACUGACUCUGAAGAUAAAGAAAUGUGUUACUGCCCACUUGGUGAAGUGUUUGAUGGGACUCGGUGUAACUGUAAGGGCUUUUUUCUAAUGUCCGUUUGGCUUACUUGAUCAGAGUGAAUGUUUAAGGCUUAGACUCAAGUACAUCAACACACCUUAUGCCUUAUGGUAGAGAAGCUGGCUGCGGGUGUGGUUGAACUGAAAAUGUCUGCCUGCUUAAGAAUAAAUUUAAAUAUAAUUUAAAUAUCUUUAUUCGAACUGAUUUGAAAGUCCAUUGUACCCUAAAUAAUAUUUAUAUGUUAUUAAUGAGCAGCAUAUAUUAUUCUAAAUAUUGUGAACAUCAAAGUUAUUGAUUAUUUUAGAUUGUGAUUUCCUUACAGCUCGUCUCAAGUUGGCAUUGCUGUAUCCAAUAUUUGUAAACACUCGUUUUCUCCGUGUGGAAAACACAUUUUUAAACAUCAUUAUUUUAAUUGCUCAAAACAAAUAUUCAUCGUAAAGAAGAAAUGUUAUUUUAUUUUGUAGCCUACUGUCUUUUCAACAAAAAAAAAUAAUAAUCAUAGAUUUAUUAUGUCAUUUUAAUCUAAAACUAACUACUAAUUUAUUUUCCAAAUAAAGUACUGAUAAGUUAAUGAUAUAUAUAGGCGUGCCAGAGCUUGAAAUGGGACAACAGAAAACUGAAAAAUUUCAGACAUCUCAUUGUAUCCACAUAAGUUUGGGAGUUUUCCGUAUUUUCGUGUUGCCUAUAUGUUCCAGCAAUGUGUGAAAUCCAGCAUUGCAUAAAUUGCUUAGGAAUUAUAUAGAAUGCCCGAAAUUUGUAGGCAAAUUAUGAAAUGGUAUUUAUUUCAAACACUUCCUAGGAACUCUAUACAAUACCGAAGAGCAACCCGGCAAUGUAUAGAGUACCCCUCCAUUCAUGUUUGAUUCUUUCCUCGGUGGUGCCCUCGCCUUGAAGUUUUGCAAGACAUACAGACAGGACAAACUCGAAAAAAUAAUAGAAAGCGUACAAACAACACAGCAGGAAGAAGCAAAUCAGCAGAUGCAAGAUACAGAGCCUACUAUACAGAAUACUGAAGAGAAUGCAACCAAUAACGGAGAAAACCAAACAGAUUGUGACGGCAUGGUUAUCGAAGAUCCUCCCACUUCUGCUGUUUGCUGUGUCUGCUUAAAAGAAAGCAGCUGCCCCCACACACGCCGAAACUGUCGCCGUAAUGUUCAUCUUAUCAUUUGGAAUGCUGCUUAAGACGACGGAGAUGAGGAAAUAGAAGGUUGUGGUAUUUUGUGCAGCCUGCGUUUCAACGUUAAGAGAGCUGUCAAAUUAAGCUAGAAUAGAAUCUUGAAAACUUUGAAAUCCAGGCCAAAAAAUGAAAAUAAACUCUUAAGGAGCGAGCUACUGUGCGAGUUCCUAUUCCUGACUUUGACAAGGGACUGGUUGACUCUCCCAUUCUGUUGGAAGUUGUUAUGACAAUGGCAGAAGACGGCUUUUACCAAUUUGGAACUGCACAAAGUAUCUUGAAACAACUGUAUGCGAGAUCACAGUUCGAUGUAUGUCCAAAGAACUUAUUGAUAGUUGAGAACGUCCCUAACCAUGAUAUACCUCUGCCUCUCCGAUCUGCUGCUGUCUCUCAGUCAACGGGAAGCUGUCAGGGAUUCGUGAGGUGUAUGUGCAAAACUAAGUGCCAAAACAUGGUGUCUUUGUAUGAAAAAAGGAAAAUUAAUUGCAAUUCAAAAGGCCACUCCAGCCUUACUUGCUGCAACAAGAAGUUCGAUGUCACCUUUGCUUGCCUUACUUACUGCAACAAGUAGCAUGACGUCACCUUUACUUUCCGGGCUCCUUGUUAAGAACGUCCUUUCCUUAUUUCAUAGUUCUUCUUUUGUUUUCAAAUGUGUUUUUUCCAAUAAAAACGUUUUCAUCACGCUCUUUUGAAACUUUGCCUGAAGUAUAUUUGUCAUUAUUUAUAAUACCUAGGCAAUGUUUAAAAUGCGUAAAGGAAAGUAUGUAACAAAAUAAAGAAAAUCAAAUAUUUCAUACUUUGCCUAAAAACUUCAGGCAUUCUAUAUAAUGACUAGGUAUUCUAUACAAUGCCUGCAUUUCACACAUUGACGGUAAUAUAUAUAUAUAUAUAAGAUGCGUCUUAUACAAAGUUUUACAUAUGGGUGCGUCUUUUGUAAAAUAUUUUUACACAAAUCGUCAAAACAGGUGUCUUAUUUUUAUAAUUAGGUGUCUUACAUGCGCGGAAAUACGGUAAGUAUUUUUAACAGGAACGAACGAUUAGUGUGUGAUAUUGAAGGACGAUUAUUGUGGUUGAUACUCAGUGUCACGAUUUUCAUUCCUAGUUGUAAAAAGAAUUGGGUAAGUUUUCAAUCCAAUGAAGGCCACUUCAAAUUAAAAAUCCUUUAGUUUCAAUGUUAUAAUUAUCAAUGCCUUAAAAGUCUAAGUCUAAGUCUAAGAAGUCUAAGUCUAAGUCUAAGUCUAAGUCUAAGUCUAAGAAGUCUAAGAAGUCUAAGAAGUCUAAGUCUAAGUCUAAGUCUAAGUCUUAGUCUAAGUCUAAGAAGUUUAACUUCUGGCGUAUGUUGUUUCUAGAAUCUAGAUAUAGGUGCUCAGCCCACCCACUAUUGGCACGGCGGCAGAUAAUCUUUGAUCUACCGGUAAACUAAAAAUGGUAAUGAAGCCUUGUUUACAUCCGACGAAGAUGAAACUUUGGACAGAUUUCAUUUAUGAUAAAAGAUAGGGAACCACCUGAUAUAAAUUGCUCAGUGCGGCAGAUAUAUAGGCCGCGUGCGUCUUGUAAUUUUUGUUUACACAAAUCGUCAAAACCCGCGUCUUAUUUAUGGGAGCGUCUUAGUCUUAGGUAAAAUAUUUUUUUACACAAAUCCGAUUCCGAUUCAAAUCGAAAAAACCAGACAGUGUCAGUGUCUUAUAUAGUAUAAUAUAGUGCGUCUUAGUCUUAGUUUUAUACUUAUACUUAUAUGCGCGAAAAUAUGGUCAUGGUAAAUUUAAAUUACAAGUAAUAAAAUAAAUUUAAUUAUUUUAUCCCGUUUUUUUUUAAUCCAUUCUUUAGUAUGCGGAGAUUUCACUUAUGGUGUAAACUGCAAUUCAACUUGUGAUUGUGUGAGAGACAAUACCGAGUUGUGUCACCGCAGCACAGGACAGUGCUUUUGUAAGCACCAAUUUCAUGGACCUGAUUGCUCGAUUGAUGUUGAUGAGUGCUCAUCACUUUAUACCCGUUAUUGUGGGAGCCAUCAACACUGCGUCAAUACUGUCGGAGGUUACAGUUGCGAAUGCAAUCCUGGUUAUCGUGCGGAAACCAAUGGUCAAUGUUAUUUUGCAGGUUAUUUUAUUUUUAUUAAAAUGUUUGAAUAAGAGUAUAGCUUUGGCUUUAGACUUUAGACUCAGACUACUAACUACUAACCAUUGAUUUUUUAAAAUAUUUUUUUGUACAAACAAAUUAUUGAGGAAUAUUUAGAUCCUUUUUUCACACUUUAGAGCUCUUAAUCUUAAUUUUUUUUUUAAUUUGCUUUUACUUUUGCAAAUGAAUGAACUUAGGAGCAACAAAAGCAAGACACCAGUGAUUUCUGCACAUAAUUUCAGUUUUAAUCUCACACCACACUAUUUAAAAUAAUAACUCAGCUAUAAAUUAUACAUUCUCCUGAAGAAUUUUUUUUUUUUUAAAUUAAAAUACAUACUGUAAUGUAUAGUUACAGUGCUUAAUGAAAUGUUUAGUGUUGUUACAGUGUGUAAUGAAUGUAUUAACAAUUACUUGAAGAAGUAAUUUGUUAGAAUUAUCUUUACUAAUUAAAGUAAAGCACAUUUAAAAUCAUAGACAAGGCCUGACAGUUUUCAAAUUAUUGAAAUGUGUUAAGAUUAAAUUAAUUCAUGGGAAAUAAAUCUACUCAGAUGCAAUUCAGUCCACCUCUGUAGUUUCUUUGUUAUCUCCAGGAUGUGACUUGUUCUUGAAUGACACAACUGGAGAAGUGAAAACUAUGGUUUACCCUGAAAACUACACCAACUCGUUAAAUUGUUCAUGGACUAUUCAAGUAGAAAAAGGGCAUCGCAUAACCCUUAAGUAAUUAUAAUUUUCUCUUAUUGCUAAGCUCAUUGAAAUUAAAAUCAAUUGUUAUGCCAUUGUAGUAUAAAUCUGUUACUUUUAUUACAAUAAUGCUCUCUAAAUUUGGUCAACAAUAAUGAUGUUUUUUCAGGUUAUAUUUUUAAUACUUUUUAAAAGAAGGAUAAUUUUAAAUUGAUAAUUAACUGGGAUCAAUAGCCUGAUGUUAUGAUUUGUUUUUUGGUUUUUUGUUAUUGUUUGCUUAGCAAAACCUAUUAGCUCUAAAAUACUUGCUCGGCUGGAGACCAUCCCUUUAUAAUAUAGUAAGACACACAAUGAAGGGGGAGGGAAACUGAACAAAAGAAAACUAAAUUUUUAAAAAAAUGGACGUAUUGCCAAAAUGCUGUAUACAGGGAUCGAAAUUAAGUCAAACAGUAAAACUAGCCAAGAUACCUUAUGAGAAGCAGUGGAAGGUCUCAUACAUCUCCCCCCCCCCCCCCCACCCCCCCCCCUACCCCAAGUAUAAUAAAUCUAUAUUCUUAGUUUCCUGAGCUACAAUGUCUUUCCUGGCUGUGAAGACCUCCUUGAAAUUUAUGAUGGUGCCAGUUUUAGUGAUUCACUUUUGGGAGUCUAUUGCGACAACUCACCUGGGAAGGUGCAAUCUACGCAAAAUGCCUUGUAUUUGAGAUUCAUCACAGAUAAAGAUAAAAAUGAUCUUGGAUUUAGUGCUUUCUAUUAUUCUUAUGGUAAGCCCAAUUCUUUUGAUUUUUUUAUUCGUUUUUAGAUCUUUUAAUUUAUAUAAAAUUAAAAGUACACUUAGUAAAUGAGGUAUUGAAAACUUUAGUAUAAAUGCAUUAAAAUGGUGUUUUUGGAUAGAUGAAAAUUAAAGUAUGAAUGCAUUAAGAUAAUUUUAUUUCUGAAUAUAUGAAAAUUAAAAUAUAAAUGUAUUAAAGUUUUGUUUCUGGAUACAUGAAAAUUAAUCAUUUUUAAAGAUAACCUAUAACUUUGUCCUUCAGUUCAAAAUUAUAAUUCACUAAUGUUAAAUUUCAGAGUGCUUGCCUUUGUUUUACUCUGAAAACUGCUCAGUACCUUGUGACUGUGUUUCUGACAACACAGAGGACUGUGACAAAGAAAAUGGCAUGUGCUCUUGUAAAAAGGGCUGGCAGUCACAUGACUGUUCCGUUGAUGUUGACGAAUGCACUGAGCAUCCCGAGUACUGUGGGGAAUAUACAAAAUGCAACAACUUAAAUGGCAGCUUUGAAUGUCAUUGUUUAGAAGGUUUUAAUCAGAACAGUAAUGCCACUUGCUAUGGUAAGAAUCACUAAGAUUAAUUUUUUCAUCAAAUUUUUUUACCGACAAAUUUACAUCAUUUGUGUAUUUUACAGUACUAUAUGUAUUAAGUCAUUUUAUAAUGUAUGUGUAUUAAAAGCUAUUCAUUCAGCAAUCAAUUACUUAUGCCCAGACAAAUAGGAUAUAAUUUUAAUGGUCUUGCUUAUAAAAAAAGGUUCAUAUAAUUAUACAACUUGAAAUUAAUACAUUGAAAUAUAUUUUACUACUAAAACGAUUUUCUGAUAUCUUGGCAAUCAAUGCAGUCCCUUUAUAAAUACUGUCUUUUGACCUUUUUAAUAUGUGAUAUUACAGAGAAUAGAACUAUUUAAAAAAGUAACAAUGAAGAUAAUUAUUUUUCUUUUUUUAGCCCCCCUUUCAAAUCGCUGUGAAAAUACUUCAUGUUCUGGUACUUGUAUUAAGUUUAGUUCAUCAGAUAAUGAACCUGUUGAGCAGUGUUAUUGUCCAAGAGGAUAUGAACUUGUGGAAGACCACUGCAGAGGUAUCUAACAUUUCCAAAGAUAAUAAAUAGAUUAUUUUAAGCAAUUUUCUUGAUGAGUUGUUUUGUGGCUCAUAACUCAUUAGAAGUAAUGCUUCAUCUAAACAUCUGAAUGAAAAUAUGGUCUCGACAUUUAAUAUUGAAUCUUUGAUUACUGCAAUAAGGGAAUGGCAAACAUAAAUAAUCUCAUUUAAAACCUCUGGCGCUUAAAAUUGUAAGACAGUUUGUUUUAUUCCAAAAUGAUCGAUAAAUAUAUUAGCGCCCAGAAAUUUCUUGAAACUGCUAAGCUUCAAAAGUAACAUUUAUUUACACACUUUUUUUUUUUUUUUUUGGAAGUAUGUAUCUGAGUAAGAGCUAGAGCCUAUAUUUUGAAUUGGGGAGAUGAGACAUGGGGAUGUAAAUGUUAAGUGGGAAAAACAGAACAAGCAAAUUCAAAAGUAAUUUUUAUUUACACAUUUUUUUUUUUUUUUUUUGGAAGUAUGUAUCUGAGUAAGAGCUAGAGCCUAUAUUUUGAAUUGGGGAGAUGAGACAUAGGGAUGUAAAUGUUAAGUGAGAAAAACAGAACAAGCAACUGUGAAGUAGUAGUAGUAGAGGAAGAGAAAGUAAAGCAAUAUGGAGGGGAACAUAUAUGAAAAUGGCAGUGGAGCACUGGAGGGAGAUGUAAGAAGAGGAAAUGGUUUGUUGGUCGGGAGGAGGGGCUUAAUUAGGAGAAAUGCAUAGAGUGAUAUUGGAAGUGAAUGAACUGAGAAUGGCAUCGAAUGAGCUUUAGGUGAAUAAAGUGACAAAUGGAGGAAGGAUAGGGGGGUGUGGAGGUUUUUUUGGAGAAGGGAAGUGCACAUCAGAUGGUGAUAUGGAUAUUGUAAGGGCAGUUAUUAAAUAGUUAAUUGAAUUCAUAAAUUAGUUCCUGUCUUGUCCUGUUAACUGGUUACAACCUUGUGGGAUAAUAUAUCUGCAAUUGAUGUCAGCAGACUUUCUUGUAAAAAGGUUUGAGGAAUGAUUUGCCAUGCUACGGUUGGGCCAUAAUCUCCAGUACACUAAUUUGUUACAAUAACAAUAAAAUAAAAUUCAUAACACUUACCAGAGAGUUGGUGUGAUAGAUCAAUACAUUUCUAUCGCAGACUGCACCAAUAUGACUUAUGGCUACAAUUGUGAAUCUUAUUGUUCCUGUGAUCAUGACAAGACCUUAGCGUGUGAUAAAGUAACAGGGAAAUGUUUGUGCAAGCGUGGGUGGACUUCACAGAACUGUUCUACAGACGUUGAUGAGUGCCAGAGAGUUAAAUGUGAUGCACGAUCAAAUUGCACUAACACACCUGGAAGCUAUGAGUGUCAGUGUGUACCUGGUUAUGAAAGGGCUCCAAAUGGUUAUUGUGUACAAGAAGGUAGGCUACUUUAAUGAAAUAUAUAGUUGUUUUUUUAUUAAUCUCCAUAUUACAUUAAACAUAAUUAUUGUAAUUGUCUCAACAUCUCACCCUAGUGGGACUAAGCCAAUUGUCACUUUCUGCCAUUUCACCCAAGUAGGACUAAGCCAUCUGUCCUAGUCUCACAUCUCACACUAAGCCAAUAUGACAUGAUUGCUACUGAAAGGAAUGGUUGCUCAUUUCAGUUAGUGCCUGUUUUAUUUUGAGAGUAUACAGUACUAAUGUUUUUAAUAAAUAUAUAAGGAUACAUAAAUAAAUAUAUCCUAUGAAACUAUGCCCCACUAUGUAUUAGGGGGCCAACUUGCUCAUGCAUCACUUUGUUUGCUUACAUUACUGAUCUUUUGUAAUGUCGUUUUCCUUUGUUCUCUAAUUUUUCAUUAAGUCAUUUAUCUAUUGCUUCUAUGAAGACAAACAUUUAUAGGUUUUAAAAUCACAAAAUUAAAAUGAUAAAAUAAACAGCAGUAUUAUUGUGUAUGGUAUCAUAACCAUAUCAAGUUUAUAAGUCUGGCUGGAAAAAAAAGCAAAAUAAAUUAAAUGAAACCUAAAAUAAGAUAUGUCUAAUUUGGUUUACCAGAAAAUUACAUGUAUUUAUUACUGAAAAAUUUAAAAUGUAUUUGACAAUUAAAAUUUAUUUGACACACAUUAACCCUGGUGGUCCUGCAUAGGUAGAAUUCUCACUUUUGCGUUUUAAAAUUGUAAUAACUUUUUUCCAUAACUUUUGGAGACCUAAAUAUUUUUGACAUGUCUAAAUUGUGCAUUAAAAUAUGUAAGUUAGACAGAGUUUAAGUUUAAGAAAAAAAAUCAUAAUUUGUACCCGAGAUGUGGGGUCGAAUCGUUUGGUAAAUAUGUUCCUUCAUAUAUUUUGUAAUACAAAUUCUCGGUGUAGGUAUAUUUUCUGUGCGGUAUUAAGUAUCUACGCAUUAUUUAGGUUAAGUUUUGUAAAAUAGUUCAGUAGAGGGCCAAUUUUCAGAUUGUAUGUUAUUAGAAAUGAGGAUUAUCCGAAUGGCACCUGCUUUUUUAUUAUAAUAUUUUAUCAUUUUCUUUGUGCUUGGCAUGGAGGAAAUGAGUGCACAAAUUGUAAAACUAUUCCAAUCAUUGUCACACAAUGUAUGUAAGAUAUAGAUGCUUAUUUACUGUACUAGUUUAAGCCUCAAGAAGGGACCACACUGAUAUAAUGUGAUCUGAAAACAUGUAAAAUAAUACUUUUCACAAAAUGUUCUCCUACAAAUUCCAAGUGAUGUCAAAUUUUAUUCUAAGAACUGGUCAUCAAUUUUUGAGAACGCCCACUUUUUCCGAAAAUAAAUCAAGUUCUUACCAUUUUUUUUACAUCAGUCAGCUGACUCCUGUCACAUGGUACAUUAUGUGUUUUACUAUAAUGCAAUAAUAUAUAGUAUCCACUAACUUCAUCAACGCAUGCUUUCCAUGUGAGUCUUUAAUAAAAAUGUUAUCUGAAACAAUGCAGGUUCCAAUUUUUUUGUCGAAAAUUCAAUGUUCUACUCCAGGUGUUUUUAGCCUAGGAUGCACGUAAAGCCCUGGGGGUACAGGAUGCAUUGUCAGAGGGUGAGGAGGUUGAAGGAAUACCUAGAAAAUCAGAUUAAUUAGCACCUUAUUAGAGCUUUUAUUGCGGAAAAUAUAAAUUAAAAUAGGGUAAGGGAAGCGAUAAUUUUUUUUUUAAUCAAUAGGGGGGGCGCAGCAAAGAGUUUAUGAACCCCUGCUUUACUGUAUUUAAUUUUAUGUUCAGAUUUUGACAAACUGUUUUUUCAUCCAUUCUAUAAAAAUAUAAUUGCAAAUUUUAAUAAUGAUAUUGAAGCAUGGGUCAUUCUGAUCAACUGCAUUGUGUUACAAAACGUAACCUAAAUUAUGUGUAGACACUGAAUACCAAACAAAACUACACUGAGAGUUUUCAUACAAAGUAUAAGUAUAUGAAGGUACAAUUGAACCUUUGCCACCUGUUAGGGUCGUAAGUUUAUGCCACUUGACAAGCGGACAAUGUCAUGAAUAACAUUUUUUCAGAGUUGCAGAUUCAGCAAAUUAUUUAAUAUAGAGUGGAUAUCUAAAUUGAAUUGAAAUUGCAGUGCAAAUUAUUUUUUAAAAAUAUUUAUGCCUCUAUAAAUAAUACAUUUGUUACUACCAGGUUGUAUUCAGUCCUUCACCAACCAAACAGGCAGCCUAAAAAGUCCAAAUUUCCCAAAACUGCCAGAAGAUGGUGCUGUAUGUUACUGGACCAUUGCAGCUGGUGAACAUGAGGUCAUACAACUUAGGUAUUGUAAUCUACACCGCUACAUGGAUCCAUCCCUACAUAUUGAUAUAACAUACUUAUUUGGGUAUUGACAUAAUAUGCUACGGGACUGAAUGAAACCACUUCCAAAACCCAUGAAAAUUUAAAUGUUGCACUAGCUACAACUAAAGAUGCCGAAAGCCCCAAAAUACGUAUAGAAAUAGAACAUUGUAUAGCACCAUGGAGGGGACUGAAGUGGGAACUUAAGGGCUUAAUACAACAGCGUAGCUCCAUGUAAGGUUCAUGAAAUAAAAUUUCUGUCUCCAGAAUCUAUAACAGUGGUUCUUAACCUGGGUUUGGUGAGUCAGUCUCAGGGGUUCGGCGGAGGUCCAAAAAAAAAAUCAUAUUUUAUUUUUCCUAUUAAGAAGGGUUCGGUGAAUACGCAUAUGAAACUGGUGGGGUUCGGUACCUCCAAAAAGGUUAAGAACCACUGAUCUAUAAGUUAGUGUCUCUCAAAGUUGUUUAAAAUAAAAUGAGUAAAACAGAGUAGGGUUAAACCUGAAAAAAUAAACGCAACAAAACAGCGAACGUGUCGGCAGAAAGCCUUCGCCAAAGUUGUUUGUAGGAUUGCCAAGGGGGUAGUUCUGAAAGGCAUUGUGAUUUAAAGGGAUCCUGGGAUUAACGUCGGACGUAUGAUAAUUGAAAAGACAAAUGCUCUUUGUUUUCAACAGUGGAAGUACCAGCUGCAAAUAACAUCCACAAAUUUGCAUUAGCCAGUCAUUUCAACCCGAUGUCACUAUUAGUACCCAAGUGGUUAUUGAACUUUUAAUAAGUUGAAUACAAUCAGAUAAUGGAAGCCCUACCCCACAACCCCCAAAAAUCAGUUUUUCCUGUUUUUUAAAGGGAUUGUGAAGGAAAUUUCCAGAUAACUGCACAAAAUAAGGUUCUUUUAAAAUAAUAGCUCACAAGCGAGUUUGGUGCAUAAUAUUUUCUUUUGCUUUUCUGAAAUAAAUAUGUAAACCCCCCCCCCCUUUUGCUUAAUAUUAUAUUUACAAAAGAUUUAUUUAAAAAACUUUGAUGUUAGGGGUUGUUUAAUUAAAUGUUUUGUCUAGGACAUUUCUUCAUUAGUCAGUGUCUGGUGAUUCAUCAUGAUUUCUGUGUUUCAACUAUUAAUUCAAGCAACAAGUUACUUUUGAACACUAAGCUGAAUCAAAUUUAUAAAAUUUUGUACACACUUCUGUGUUGUAUCUCUGCAAAAGAUAAUCAGACUAUUAUGUUUAUAUUGUAUAUACUUUUGUGUUGUAUUUCCAAAAACCAAAGGAUAUCUAAUCAUAAGCUUGAUAGUUAUGCAUAUAUUGUAUACACUGAAUUAUGAUAAUAAUUUUGUAUCUAUGCUAUAAUUUGGCGAGAUACUUUUUUUUUUCUCUUUAGAACAUGAUGACAAAUUGGUAAGGUAAUUUUUCUAUUAAAAGAAAAGGUCAUUGAAGGUUUGAGGAUUUGUUAAUUUUGGACAUUGAAGUCUGAAUGAACUUAAUAUGUUUUGCUAGAUGCUCCUAUUAAAACGCUGAAUGACUUUUGCACAUUAUACAAUAUUUCAUUAUUGACUGAUAAAUCUGAAAAGUCCCAUAAAUUUGAUGAAGUAGGCCUGCUCAUCAUAUGUGACAUCUUUGAUAUUCUGGGCAGUUUUGUGUAAUUCUAAGCCUUUCUAUAUUUCUUAUGCCCCCUAUGAAAUAUAUACAUAUAGGUUUUAGCAAGAAGGAAAAAUGCUUUAGGAAUGUACAGGUUUUACGAAGAGAUUUUAAGGAAACUCAGUAAGUAUAUUUUCCAAAUAUAUAAUGGAGAACUGAAAUUCAAGUACAAAAUGAAAGAUUUUUCUAAAAUAUUUCAUUUGUAUAUUUUUACAUUUAUUAUUUAAUAAUUUUACAAUACAACGAGAGAUCACAAAUACUGUGCGAGAUGACUAAUUUAAUGAGAAACUUGCGCUUCAUGCUUGCUACACAGAGAUUUUAUGUUAGGAUCCAAAUUAGAUAGCUUCAGUUUCAAGUCUCCCCGCUGUAAUAUAUCCAGUUGAUUUCUUUUAUAUUUUAGCAGCGAAUCAUCCAUGGCACUAAAUCAACACACAGCCAAAUAUGAGGAUGGAAACAAUACCAAUAGUUGUCUUGUCAAAUUUGGAUAUUUGAUUUCUGUUUCCUCACAAAAGCUAUGCCAUCGCUCCUUGUAUAUUAAAUAAAGAUUUAACAGACUCAUCAUUUGGAAUUCCUACGAGUUCUUCUUGAUACGGCAUAUUUGAAAUAUCAGAAAAAUUCAUUGGCUGCAUCAUUCAGUUGGCGUUUGAAAAUCAAUUUAUUUUAAAACGCAAAAUCUUUCUUCUAAAUGAGGUGACAAUAUUUUUUAGAUAAACUAUAAAGAAGUAUAGGGGUACAACUCACUUCACAUUUUUGAAGCCAAUGAAACUUUAAAAAAUUUUUUUUGCAAACAUAUUUCUGACAUACCGGUAAUUCAAUCAAUGUAAUGGAACCAAAUUUAUCCACUUUUGUGUCUAGAAGUUUUAGUUGCUCCUUGAUAUUGGUAAUUUUAAUGUAUUUAGUUUAUCAAAGAUAUCUGCACACAUGCUUUACCAUCAACUAUUAAAAGGUUCUUUAUUUCAGCUUUUUCAAUGUAAAAAUACCCAAACGUGUCAAAUAGCUCCAUGAAUUUUUUUAAGCAGUUCUCUUUCUUCUCUUCUUCUUCUAUAUCUUAAGGGCCCACGAUCAAUUUAUUGAUCAUUUUGGCUCCUAUGCAUGUAGAUGGGAUUUGCAAUGUUUCUGUUACUGGUGUUGAUGAGGAAAUCAUGCACUAGGGGUUUGAAGGCUUGAGGCAAUAGACACAAAUCUGUCUAGUGUUGUCGCCUCAACCGUUCCUUUUGAAAGAUUGUUCCAGUCCCUGAUUGUCUUGGGCAGGAAUGAGCAGCUCCUAUACUGGCUUCUUUCGAGAGCCACCUUAUUUUAGUGUGAAGUUAAAGUCUCACAUGAUCUGCAUUUUGUGCUUGAAGAGAUGCUCACACUUGCUAUUAGCUUUUAUGGCAUUGAUACACUGUAGAGCUGAAUUUAGUACUUCAUUAAGAACAGGCGAAUUAUUUUUAAUUACCAAAUUUUCAUUAUGAAUAAUACAGUGCACAAGAAACAUUUCUGGGUACUCAUCCUUCAUCAAUUUUAAGCAGCCAUUUUUAUUGCCCAUCAUAUAAGGAUGCGAUGCCAGGUGGCCAAGUUGUCUAAACUGAGAAAAUCUCAAGUUGGUGGUCUUGAGUUCAACUCCAGCCAAAGCCCAGUCAAGCCCAAAAACAUCACCAGCACCCCUGGUGGAUGGGACUCGUUAACCUUGGUUGGCAACUCAUUUAAGAGGAGGAAACGCUGAAUUCGAAACCUGGAGAUGGUUUCGACAACUCCUGCGACACCACGCUGUAUCAUCUAAAUGGUGUUCCCUUGGGUUAUCCAGCGGUGUGGAGAGAGGGGAUUUGCUGUUGGGAACAAGCUUAUAAUCCUAGAAGAAUAAUCCCAGGCCUUGUAGAUUUCAUCCUGCGAAGUCUUCACCAUCAUCACAUUGUGACAGACGGAUGCCAGCAUAUUAGGAGCACCAUCUGCAGCACAAUAUAUUAUAUUUUUCAUUUAACAUCUGGGUACUUUUUUAGCUUAUUAUAUAUAUAUAUAUUUUUGGCUCUAGUGGUGCUUUCAAAUGAUUUAGAGAACAACAUUUCUUUAGCACAAUCUCCAUUAUCAAUAUAUCUCACGUAAGUUAUUCCUACUCUCAAAGUUGAUUCAUUCAUUUGAACUUAGAAUUUUUUUGUUCUCGGCUUUUGUAUUUCAAUAUUUUUGCUUAUUUCAUCUAUUCUUCUGCUAACAGUAUCCACCUCCUUGUAAUCUUUUUCCAAAACUGUUUUAAGAAAUGCGGAUAUUGAUAGUUGAUUAAUUCUCUCCUAUAGUCUAUAGUAUCCUUUUCCCAAGAUUUGGCCAUGAGUAAACAUAUUUAAGAAUUCUCCUUUUAAAAUUCAAAUGAAAUCAUAGAAGACAGUUGGUUUUCAAAUUCUUGACGGCUCAUUUUUAAAUUGCCCCCCUAAACAAUCAAAUUGCCCCUCAGUGGGGCAUGGGCCCCACGUUCCGUUGGGAAACACUGCUUUACAUGCACUGUGUCUGUAUGUAUUUAAAUAUGAUGUGCAUGGAUGUUUAUUUGGAUAUAUAUUAUAUAACAAAACAUUUUUGUUUUUUAUUUCCACCAGUUUUUCUGUGAUCAAUUUUAAUCAAAACUGUGGACACGAUGUCAUCACUAUAUAUGAUGGCAAUGAUACAAAGUCUCCAAUUUUAGGACAUUACUGCCAAUCCCAGACUGCAUCUAUUCUUAUUAAAAACCCAAUCAUUUCCUCGUCUAAUUCGAUGUUGAUCACAUUUGCCAAUGACAGGCCUCUUGGUGCCUCCAGAGCAUUUGUGGCCUCUUACGAAUUCUUAGGUAAAUUUGCUAAGAUCAAGCUUACCAGAAGAAUCUGCUUACAGUUUUUUUAAUUUAAUUGGCAAAUGUUCUUAUAUUUUUAAAUACCGGUACAUGAUUUUUCUAAUAUCAGUUUAAAACAUUUAUGGGACUGAUUUUUAACCUUACGUGUAGUCGGGUAAAUGAGUGUAAAGAAUGUUGAAAGUUUGUGAGAUAUGGUAAUUUAUCAUUUAUCGACAACCUUUUUUUUGUCCCAGUAAAAACAUUGAUAGCAGUUUUGGUCACUGUUUUUGCAAUUUAUAACUCUACUGGACAGAGAUAACCAUUCAUAAUAAUUGUCACCUUUUGUAUACUUAUUGCUCUUGACCAGAUUGUCCAGAUUGGACGUACACAAAGAAUUGUUCAAAACCGUGUGCUUGUGUACAAGCAAAUACAUUAAGAUGUGACAAGGAAAAUGGACAGUGUCAUUGUAAGCCAGGCUGGACAUCUGGAAACUGCUCUGUUGACAUCAAUGAGUGCUCAAGUCCCUCCAUAUGUCGUGAUUACUCAGACUGUGUCAACUUUGAUGGGGGAUAUGAAUGUAAAGCAAAGCAAGGUCUUCACUUUCUUCAAUCUAACAAUGCAGCUCAAGGUUUGUGCACAAGUCUUUUUACAUUUCUGUGUGACUAAUUUCAUUUUAGAGUUUGAUAAGCUACAAUAAAACUAUAUCAUUAAUAUUAUCUUUUUUCUUUUCUUUUUGGUUUUAGCUUAUAAAUUCAUUCUAACAUUAGGUUUUUUUGCAUGUUUUGCAAAGACAUUGAACCUAGUCACGGGUAUUUUAAAGGAGAUUGAAUUUUUCUUUAUCAAAAAAAUUUUUUCAACUUUGUUUUUGGUUCUAUUUCUUGCCCAAUCUCUGGAUAAAUAGUUAGAAAAAAAACAUUACUCUGAACUCUAGAUUGUGUUAAAACCAGUAGCCAGCCACACAAAAAAAAUUUUUCAUUUUAAGGUUUCCAUUCACAAAACAAAUUCAUCCAGAAGUAAUAUGCCUCCACCUUUCUCCACCAUCAAAAGUUUUCUUGAGUUAUCUUAUUUGUGUAUAUGUUACAUAGUUUUAAUUAUUUCUUAAAACCUAACUGUUUCUUAUGUAUUUAGUUGAGCCUGGUGCUGAAUGUACCCAAAGGUCCUGUUCACAUCUCUGUGCUAAAGUUACCAAAGACAACAAGACUGCAGAGCAGUGUUACUGUCCUAGUGGGACCAUGUUGGUUGGGGAUACUUGCCAAGGUGAUCACUAAGUUAUUAUUUUACUAUUUAUAUAUUUCUCUGUCAUAACUGUAAAAUUAAAACAAAAAAUUUAUGAAACUGUAGAUGUCUGAAAUUGAAAUGAGUUUAUGCGUGAAUAUUGAUGGAAAACUUACAUGUGUAAGCAUUAAUUUGUUUUUAAAAGAAUUGUUAAGGUAAAAGAAAUAAGGCUUUUUAAUUUUGGGACAAUUAUUGAAAAGAAAAUCUUUGUUUACUUGCAUUAAAUUAUGCAGUUAUCUUGCUUUUUUUUUUUUUAAAUUAAUUUUUUAAAAUGUUUGUAAUGCAGUUAAGGAUUUACAUAAAUUGAAAACUGUGAUCAGUACUGAAUAUAUAAGCACUUGAUCAUAGUAAUAUCUAAGAGAAUGACAAUUUUUGCCAAAUUUAAGUACUCAUUUUUAAUAGAAGAAAUAUAAUCUCAAAAUGAAAAAAAAAAUGACUGUAUAAUGUUAUUAUGCUUUAAUUUAACAGCGCAACAAAUUGUUACUGCUAAUUUCUAACUUAGGAAAAUGCACGACUUUCCAAAUUUAAAGAAAGAAGUUUGCAUUUAAAGUCUGUUGUUUGUUUGGUGCUGGUGAUUUCUGUGAUUUCGAUCUUAUGUUCACAUCAGUUUUACCUCUUCACAUAUUGCUCUUGCCAGCCUGUACCAACCUGACCUAUGGACCUGAGUGUGCCUUCUCUUGCCCAUGUGUGAUACCUAACACAGCCAGCUGUGAUGCCAGAACUGGAGCUUGCCACUGUCAAAGUGGCUGGGUAAACUCUGACUGUUCUGAAGAUUAUGAUGAUUGUUAUAGAGCCUUCUGUAGGAGUAAUACCUAUUGUGUCGAUUUUCUAGGAAGGUAUGAAUGCCAAUGUUACUCUGGAUACGAGGAAAUGGGUAAUGCCUGUAUAUAUAAAGGUGAGUUUUUAAUCAUUCCAAUUAUGUGAUUUACCUUACACCAAAGUUAAUUUAACAUACGCAUAGCCAUGAAAUAACAUACAGCUUCGCAUAAAUAUGUUCAAAUGAGUUAUAAGAUAGCUUGCAGUUUGAGAAAAGUUUUGAGCUUUAAUAACUUUAAAAGGAACACAAAACUGUGGGGAUCUAUUUCGGGGAAAAGAUAUUAUAAUAGAAAAGAAACUAUAUACAGUAAUAAAUUUCAGGCUCGAAAAUGUCACUUAAAAUAUGAGCCAAAUGUUAAAUUGAAAUAAAAUAGUUAAUUUAACAUACUUUGUAAUUAUUUUAUGACAGCUAACAAAUGUGUAUUUCAUGAUAUAAGUCCUGUUUUAAAAAGUAAAGCUCUUAACAUUUAAAGAAAAUGUUUUUAAAGAAAUUUGAUCAUACACUUGACAGUUGCACAAAUAAAUUAUUUAAGAGAUUAAGAUAUGCGUCUCAUUCAUUGCAGGUUGUGAAAAAAAUUUAUCGGAUCCAACUGGAGUUAUCCUAAGCCCAGGCUACCCACAUUCUUAUGUGAAUAAUGCAAGGUGUUACUGGCACAUUACAGUUGGUCAAGGAAAAGUGAUUGAGCUGAAGUAAAUCCCUGUUAGCUUUUUAAUCAGAUAUAGCUUGAGAUCGAUUAAGCUGAAGUCACAAAUUUGUGACAUGGGAAGGAGGAUUGUUGAAAAUCAGCCAAAAUAGUAUCAUAUCAUUUGUUGAUGGCCCCCUAAACCGUUAACCCCAUUCCUUAAGAUACAACUUGGUUUUAAAUUUUCUUUAUUAAUUCGAGGGCAUUUAUCAAGUUUGUAAUGUAUCAAUAUAAACUUAUUUACAAGGCACUUUUUAAUGCUUGUUUUUUAGUUUUUUGUCUUUAGUCUUAAUAGAGACUUUCCCCUAAAAAUUAAAGUCACAAUUAAAUAUAGCUGUGAAAUACAGAACUAUAGAACUAUAGUAAGCCAAACUUUUUUUAUUAUUUGAGACCCCUCCCACCUUUUCCCACUUCCCUCCAAAGUGCAAGUUUUUCUAUAACAUCAUUGCACUAAUUCCUGAACCCUAAUCAUUUUGAAAAGGCUUUAAAUAACACAAGCGCUAACUAUAUUUCAUCCUGCCAUUGUAUUGUUUUUCAUUUACAGCAUUACAAGAUUCGAUGUUCCUGAAUGUGAUAAUGAUCAUUUGGAUAUUUAUGAUGGAAACAGCUCCAGUGCUCCUAAGCUCAUACAACUGUGUCGUAACUUUAACAGUAAAGUCCUCGUCUCAUCAUCUAACUCUAUGUACCUCACAUUUACGUCUGAUUACUCUGUGAGUGGGAUGGGCUUUCAUAUCUCCUACAAGUCCUAUGGUAAAAAAUAUUUAUCCUAAUAAAAAAUAUGUAGAAAGAAUUUUUUUUUUUUUUUUAAACUUAAUAAUUAGUGGAUCGUUAUAUUUAGUAUAUUUAUGUCAUAUAAUAAUAUUUUUAAAAUGUCAUUGUAUUGUAGGUGGGAAGCUGACUGGGGUAAAGAGAAUUUUAAGGGUGGGGAGGACCUUGUUUAAAAAGAAAUUUGUAUUGAGAGCGUAACGUCUUAUUCUUUGAUGUUGCUAUUUACUUAUAGCAACAAAAAUAACACAUUUUUUUUUCAAAAUCAAGAUUGCUAUCAUCAAUCUGCUGAAUUAUUAUAAAACUAGUUACAGGUGUUAGUGUUCUUUUAAUUUUUUUAAAUAAUUAAAGAUAUUUAAUACUACUAUCAAUGACUAGCAUUAGUGAUUAUUCCUAUUUAUUACUAUGGCAGGGCUUGUUUAAUAUGUGUACACUUUCUAAAACUGAAAACGGGCAUUAUCUUCCUCAUUGUAUAAGUAGAUGCCAUUUUGAGUCGAUGUAAGUUGUAAGUGCGAAUCGUGGGCUAUAUAAAGGCUAUUUCGUAUUAUAUUCUUUUUUGUUUUUAUUUCACUCUAGCUGGAAACUUCCUAUUAACAUUUUAUAUCCACGUAGCGCUUGGAUUUUUAAAAUAAAAACUUCUAUUCUCAUAACAUUUUUUUUGUUGUCUAGUGCGAUGAAUUAAAACAUAAAAUAGACUUAAAAGACUUUCUAUCAAAAACAAGUUUACAAAUGUAGAAAGUAAUUUUAAAUUUCUUAAAAAUGAAUGACCCAAAGAAAGUCUGUGCAGAAGUAAAGAUGAGCACUUUGAGUGGUGAAAGUGAAAGAUUUCAAAAUGAAUGUAGACAAAACCUACAUAUGGUUAGUGUCUAAUUAUUGUUUUACUCUAUUUGAAUUUUUGUACAGUUUUUGAUCCCAAAGAGAGGUGUGUAUGUACAUGAAACUUUUUUGUUAAAAAACCCUGUUGAAAACAAUAUAAAUUGAAUAUUCUAUAGGUGUUGUCAUUUUUAAAUAUCAUCUAUUCAAUGUAUUAUUUCAGAGUGUCCAGAUUGGACCUAUCCAUAUAACUGCACAAUCCCUUGCAACUGUGUGAUAAACAAUACAAAAUACUGUGACAGGAAAAGUGGCCAAUGUGUUUGUGAAGAAGGCUGGACCUCUGAUGACUGUUCACGGGACAUUGAUGAGUGCUACCAUAAUCCUAAAGCCUGUCCAGAUUACUCAACUUGUAACAACUUUGCUGGUGGCCACGAGUGUCUUUGCUAUGAUGGACUUGAAAGAAUCACCAAUACCUCAUGCCAAGGUUUGUUUCAACAACAGUUAAAGGGUUAAACUUAAAUGAAAAUUAAAGGCUGUUGGUUAAUUUCAUGAGCAUUUUACUCUUGUAUUCCAUACAAAUUACAAGUAAGAUUAAGGGUGGGGGUGGUGCGGUAGGCCACAAUCUUUUAUCUCUUUGCUCCCUCACUGUUGCUGCCUAUGAUUUGCUACUACUAGAGCUAAUGGCCCAACAUAUUCUCUGCAUUACCCAUGCAUUAGUUGGUGCUCAUCAGUUCCUUAGCACAAACAAUAUUAACAGCCUUUUUGCUUAUUAGGGUUUUGGUGAAGCUGAUGAUGUACUCACUAUAUUAUCUAUAUUCUAUAUUUAAUCCAAGUAUAGCAUAAUAAUGAGAUUGAGAGAUCUUGACUUAUUUUUUACAUGACUCUGAUAAAAUUAAAGAGUGGCUUAUAAACACUGGGUCACACCCAAUGGGGCUUUGUUUAAUCAUGGAAAUACAGUCAAGAAAGAAAGACAAAAACUUUCAUGAAGGUGCCCAUGUAGACUGAUUUAGAUAGUGGAGGGCAUAUUCCAGAUGUUCUCAGAAUGCUUUAGACCAGGACUGCACAACUCAAAAUGUAAGGCGGGCCUUAAUACUUAAUGAAAAACUUGUGCUGGCCAAAAGAAAAUAAGAUAGGACUUGUGUGGGCCAAAAGAAAAUAGGAAAAAGGGAAAGCUGUUGAGAAAAUAAUAAGAGAAAAGAAUAUUUCGAUACUUGACGGGACACAAAGUGGGUGCUGGCGGGCUGCAUGUGGCCCGCGGGCCGUAUGUUGUGCAGGUCUGCUUUAUACAAGGGAAAAUUGGGUUAAACUUGGGCAGUUACUAUUGCUCUGCAGGAGUGGUUUUAUAUUCAUAAUCGCUGCUACUAAACCUCCACAAAAAUGUCUUUUUUGUGUGUGGGAAAUAAUAAUUUGUAAAUACUUUAUUGUGUUGUGAUAACCAUGGCUUAUUUUUUCAUAUUUACAAAAUUUUAAAGGUCCAAGCUCUAGUAUUGCAAUAUUUGUGGCCUUAUAAAAUGUAUCUGUAGCUUGGUGUGUUUCAGUUGAACCCCAGAGGAACUGUACAGAGAGAAGUUGCUCCCAUGUGUGUGCUAAAGUCAUGACUGACAACCAGACAUUUGUUGAGACGUGUUACUGUCCUAUUGGGACUGUGCUGGACGGGGAUACAUGCCAGCGUAAGAGUCUUGUUACUGUCCUAUUGGGAUUUGUUACUGUCCUAUUGGGACUUGUUACUUUCCUAUUGGGACUUGUUACUGUCCUAUUGGGACUUGUUAUUCCUAUUGAGACUUGUUACUUUCCUAUCGGAACUUUGUUACAAUGCUAUUGGGACUGCGCUUGCUUGGGAUAUAUGUCAGCAUAAGAGACGUGUUACUGUCCUAUUUGGACAUAAGAUUGUCCUGUUGAGACUUGUUUCUGUUUUAUUGGGACCACGCUGGAUUGAGAUAGAUGUCAGCUUAAGAGAUUUGUUACUCUCCUAUUGGGACUUCUUACUUCCCUAUUGGGACUUGUAACUGCACUAUUGGGACUUUCUCUAUCCUAUUGAGACUUGUUAUUAUCCUAUUGGGACUGUCCUGGUGGGGACAUAUGUCAACAUAGGGUAAUUGGUUUGUUAAGUUAUCAGUUAAAAAUGUCAAAAAUUUGUUUUGAAACAUUUUUAUUCUAGAUGAAAGAGAGCCUUUUAACGUUAUGAUGAUGGCUGAUGAUUUAAUGGUUAAUUACGGCAAAGCUCAUUAUUUAAUACUAGAAUAAAUGACCCGAUGUUAUUGGGAUAAUAAUGCUAGAUACUUUGCGAUAAUUUCUAACUGCUAUUGCAAAAACUCGUCACCAUUCAUAACUUUAAAAAUGUAAUGAUAUUUACGUUUCUAACAUCAAGUUUUGAGAAGUAUUUAUCUGCUAUAUAUUAUAGGCCUACCCUACUCCCUUUCGCUCAUUAUCUACUUUUUUCUCCAUCUAAAGAUUACUUUAAAUAACACAGUCUAAAUUAUCACUAAUUAUAUCACUUUUGUCACUAAAGAAGUAAAUUGAGGGAUAUUUUCCUAUGUUAGAGAAAUACUUUAGAUUUACCCCUUUUCCUGCCCUUGAAUUACAACUUUUUUUCUCUAAAAAUUGUUUAAAAAACUUACCUUAUAUAUACAACAAAAACUCUAUAUAUGAUAUACAUAUAUUUUAUAUUAAAUGAUUUAGAUAUAUUAAUAUCUUUAUCAAAAAUUUAAACACAUUUUUGCCGUUUUUACAAAAAUUAUAUAUUAUCAGAAAAUCGUAAAACAAAGAAUUCUUUUAUCUAAAGAAGAAUUGCGCAACCGUUUUUCACAUGUAUAACAGAUUUGAGUGUUGUUUUUUUAAUUUAAAUGGUUAAUCUCAUAAAAUACACAUCUCUUUACUUUUUGCAAAGUAAAAACAAAAAUAUAUUUUUUGUAAGUAAAUAUUAACCCAUCUCUGUUUUUAAAAAUUAUUUUUUCAAGUGUGUAAAAUGAUUGGGUUUUAAUAUUCAUGGGUAUACUUAAAUAAUUGUAACCAAGACUUGUUAACGCCAUUGAUUUUCUUAAUCAGUAAACAUAUGUUUAUUUGUAAAAAGAGAAUCUAACAUCUCUUUUUUUACAUAUGUAAUACCAUAGGAGUUAAUUAUGUUGUCAUCCACGUAAAAAUGUACACAUCUUAUUUCCUAACUCCGACAUGUAUUUACCCAAGAAAAUUAAUUAUUUAUCAAAAGCAUUCCUUUAUUUUGAGAAGUAUCUUGUGCUGCCUUGGGCAAAAUGAACAUACCCAUAUUUGUAAAAAGAGAAUGUAACAUGUCUUUUUCACAAAUGUAAUACGAUAGGAGUUAACUAUAUUGUCAUCCACGUGAAAAUUUACACAUCUUAUUUCCUAACUCCGACAUGUAUUUACCCAAGAAAAUUAAUUAUUUAUCAAAAUCAUUCCUUUAUUUUGAGAUGUAUCUUGUGCUGCCUUGGGCAAAAUGAACAUACCCAUUUUUGUAAAAAGAGAAUUUAACAUGUCUUUUUCACAAAUGUAAUACGAUAGGAGUUAACUAUAUUGUCAUCCACGUGAAAAUUUACACAUCCUAUUUCCUACCCCGACAUGUAUUUACCCAAGAAAAUUAAUUAUUUAUCAAAAUCAUUCCUUUAUUUUGAGAUGUAUCUUGUGCUGCCUUGAGCAAAAUGAACAUACACAUAUUUGUAAAAAGAGAAUGUAACAUCUCUUUUUUCCCAAAUGUAAUACCAUAGGAUAUAAAUAUAUUGUCAUCCACGUGAAAAUGUACACAUCCUAUUUCCUACCUUCCGAAAUGUGUGUUCCCAAGGAGGUUAAUUAUUUUAUCAAAAUCAUUCCUUUAUUUAGAGACGUAUCUUUUGCUGCCUGGGGCAAAGUAACCAGCACCUCCCCCACCCAGAUUUAAAUAAAUUUAGAAAAAUCUUCCACCGGAUUGUAGUCCUUUCCAUACCCAAACUGAAAUAAUUUGCACUUCAUAUGGUUUGUCUUUUUUUGCUUUAGUUAUAAGUAGAUUAGUCAAUGCUAUUUGGCUAUGGAGUUGCGCUGCACUGUAUGUCUUAAACCGCAUUUCUUAUUAGAAUUAGAUUUAAAGGUUAGUUUUUAUUACAUUAUGAUUUUAAUAAAGGUAUAUUUUUUGGAGAAAAAAAAUGGCAAAAACUUUUGAAAUGUUAAAAUAUACACAGCUGAAAUGUGUGUGUGUUUUAUUAACAAUUUAAAAAGCAAUCAAUUACAUUUAUUAAUUUUACUUUGAAGAAGGGAAAAUACAUUAUCAGUUUUGUCAAGCAUGGUUAUUAAAUUUAAAGAAACCUAAGAGUUUUGGAGAAAUAGGCUAUUGGCAGUAUGACUCACUUGCAUGAUUAUUAAGAACAAAUUAAUUUAAAAUUGUAUUCUGCAAUAUUAACAAUGCACUAAAAGAUGCACUAAAAAUUACUGAUGUUUGUGUUUUCCAAAUAAAUGUGAUUAGGUGUAAUUCUUUGAUCAUGAUUUUUUAAUUUUAAAAAUUUUUUCAUAACUCUUAAACACAUACAAAAUGCUGAAAAUAGUUCCUUAGUUGAUACUUUAGAUGUAUUUGUAAUUUAUAAUAAUAAUACUUAAACGUUUACUAAAAUAAAAGCGAAUUUAAAAUAUUUUUUGUGCAUUUAAAUUUAUUCGAUUUCUGUUAAAUAAUAUAAAAAUAACUAUGAUUGGUUUUAGGAAUCCGAAGUACUUAAAUCUUUUCUGUUCUUUGGAGUUACGUCAGUAUAGCUCAUUCUUAUAGAUAUUUCAAUAAAAAUAAAACAAAAUAAAAAAUUAUUAAUUUAAGAAGAAUAAAAGACUUUUACUUUUAUGUCUCUGUUGGAUUUUUUAACCUUCCUAUUCAUGGGCGCCCGCAGAAAACUUUCUGGGGGGGAUGUUUUAAUGUAGUUUUAAUUUACUGUAGCGUAUUUGUAUGGUGAACGAACAGACAGGACAUCAGCUUAGUUACUUUCUCUUUAUGUUCUCUUUACUUUAAUAAAAUUUUUUUGGGGGGGGGGGCAAGCGCCUGUGGGCGCCCAUGUUCCUAUUACUUUGUAUUUUUAGAUGUAGAUCCUUCACUCACUUAUAUUAUAUAUCCUUCAUUGACUAUAAAUCCUUCGCUCACUUAAAGAUCCUUUAUUGACUAUAGAUCCUUCACUGACUAUAGAUCCUUCACUGACUAUAUAUCCUUCAAUGACUAUAUCCUUCACUGAAUAUAGAUCCUUCACUGACUAUAGAUCCUGAUGGUUUAAGUUCUAGAUAAAAAAAAUGCUCCAAGCACCAGGAUUUAUUUACUUUUUGAACAAAAAUGUAAAUCUCAGAUUGCCCUAAUCUGACCUAUGGCCAAGACUGCAGUCUGACUUGCAAAUGCAAUGAGAAUACCACAAGCUCUUGUAAUGGUCUCACUGGCGAUUGCUACUGCAAAGAGGGCUGGUCAUCGAGUGACUGCUCUCUUGACAUCGAUGAGUGCUACUCAACAUGCAGACGUUCCCAUAUGCUAUGCCGCAAUACACCAGGAAGCUAUGAGUGUACAUGCUCACAUGGAUAUGUCUUUAAUGCUGCUUGGGACUGUGUCUAUGAUGGUAAAAUUGUGUGUUUUUAUUUAUAUAUCAUGACAGGAUUUGAAACUUGAAAAUAAUAACAUCUAGACUUAUUGAAAAAUGUUUUAAAAAGUGAAUUAGCUCUACCUAAGUGACUAGAAUUAAAAGCAUGUUCAGUUAACCAAUGGUAAAAAAUGUGGGAAUAAAAUAGUGACUUUGGGACAAUUGUUCACUGAUUUCAAAACAUGUUACUCAGAUGGAGUUCCAUGUUGGUGAAAAAGCAGUUCUUUUAAAACUAGAAUGGGAGUUAGUGUUCUAAAUAGAUCUAAAUGAAUGUAAGUCUGUGCAUAAUAAUUUUUUUUUUUCCCUCUGUUGUGUAUGUUUAACUACGAAAAGAUUUUUUCCAUAUAAUUGCAGGAUGCCAAAGGAAUUUGACAAAACAGGAGGGAUAUUUUGAAAGCCCCAAGUAUCCUGUUGGUUAUGACAACAAUGACCAUUGCUCAUACAAAAUAACAGUUGCGCAAGGACUCGUCAUUUCUCUCAAGUAAUUCUGUCCAUAUGUUCUUCUCAAGAUUUUACAUUCAAACUCUGGCAUUAAUCAAUGUAGCUAGAAUAUCUUGAACAGAUAUGUCAUGAUUUUUUAAAAUUUCACGAUAAGUUUGCUAAUAUUUUUAUGUGAAGCGCGGUGAGCCUCGCCCUAUUAAACGCAAUAUAAGACCACUUUAAUAAUAAUAAUAAAAAUAUUAAUAUUUGUUAGUAAACAAAAACAUAAAAAUUAUAAAUGAAGCAUGCUGAAAGUGUGUUUUGAUGCAAACACAACAAAGUUCUACUUACUCACAUACGCCUUUUACCCUGCCUGGGGCAUCAUCAUAGACUGUCUGUAGAUCUACUAUAAAUGACUAAUUGUCAAAAAAUUGAUGUUAUUUAGCAAUUUUCUCCUUCUUUUAAUUUGUUAAAGCAGAUAAACCAGUCUGUUUUAUCGGCUACACAUCAGCCAGUAUGUCUUAUCAGCUACACAUCAGCCAGUCUGUCUUAUCAGCUACACAUCAGCCAGUCUGUCUUAUCAGCUAAACAUCAGCCAGUCUGUCUAAUCAGCUACACCUCAGCCAGUCUGUCUUAUCAGCUACACAUCAGCCAGUCUGUCUUAUCUGCUACACAUCAGCCAGUCUGUCUUAUCAGCUACACAUCAGCCAAAAACUUAUCUGAAGUAACUUAUUAUUUUUCCUCUGCUAGCAAAACUUAACACAGGCUAUCCCAAAAAAAUUUUAACAAACAUUGUUUUUGUUUGAAGUUUUAAGUUCCCUUGAGACUUUUCACUUCACAGUUAGUGCAGGACUAUUUAUUUUUCAAUUUGUUGAUGAAAUGAUGGAAAACAAAAUAUUGUAGCUAUUGCUCUACUGCUACAUUCCCUUUUAUUUUGAGGCCUAAGCAAUAAUUGGAUAUCUAUUGAUUAUAUAAUGUAUUGAAUUCAUUCAACUUAAACAGAGCACCACAUCAGCUUUGUUUUGUUCUCAUGACCCCACAAACCAUUCUUUAUUGUGGGUUCAUAAAUAGUAAGCUUUUUUAAAAUAGAUAUAUUUUGUAGCCAAACCUUUUUUUUAAAUGUAUGUUUCAUUUUGUUUUUAUAUUUGAAUUUGUCUCUUAGUUUUCAUGAACUUGAUGUGGAAAGUUACCCGAAGUGCACACAUGAUUACAUAGCAAUAUAUGAUGGCCUCACUACGAUGGACGCUUUAAUUGGUCGUUAUUGUGGUUAUUUGAAGCCUGGGAUCAUCCGAAGCUCAAGAAAUAAAAUGCUUAUUGAAUUCAUAUCUGAUCGAUUUUACACAGAACAUGGAUUUUAUGCUGAUUACAUCGGUCAUGGUAAGGUUUAUAGUUUAUAUAAACUGUAAAUAUAAUGCUUUAUGUGCUAAAAUACAUUUAAUUCAAUUUUUUAAAAUUAAUUGUACCAAAUAUUUUUUUUAUUUAGUUUUCAUCUAAUAAUAAGUAUUGAGAAAUUAAUCAGCUCUUGCUGACAGCUUAAAUUAAAGUUUAAAAAUAUAAGACUUAAUACUUUCCUACUACAGCCUGCUCUAACUUUACCUAUGGGGAGACAUGCUCCAAUGCUUGUAUCUGUAACCAGAACAACAGCUUGUUCUGUGAUAACCUCAGUGGUGUUUGUGUGUGCAAAGAUGGAUGGAUGGGGCUCAGCUGUACAGAAGAUGUGGAUGAGUGCCAAGUGCAUUCCUCCUCUUUCUGCACCAGCCAUUCAAACUGUGUCAACAGAAUAGGAGGCUAUGAGUGCAUUUGCCAAAUUGGUUUUGUUAAAAAUGCAACUGGACAUUGCCAUGGUGAUUUUUUUUAAUACAAAUUAUGAAAGAUAUAGUUUUAUUAAAAAAAUUUUUUAAAUACAAGUUUUGAAAUAUUUUUUUUAUAAUUUAUGUUAUAAAUUCAUUAAAAACUGAUGUGAUACAGAUUAGCCGAGGGAUAGAACUAAAGUUUGAUUUUUUUUUUUUUAAUUAUAUGUCAAGACAUGGAAAAUAAUGAUUAAAUUAAUAUUAUUCUUUACUUUCUAACUCAAAACAAAUUACUAAACACUUUGAAAACAAGAUUAAUUAUUAUUUAAAUUUUUUUAUUUGAAAUGGAAAAUGGCAUUAACAUAAAAAAUGAUUAAAAUUGAUUGCAAAUAUUAAUUAAAAUGCCAUCUUUAAGAAGAAAAAAUUGGUGCUGACAGUGGGCCAUGUAGACAUCUUGUUUCAUUUAAUCAAAAUGUAUCAUUAUUUGUAAACAGUUAAUUCUUAAGAUAUUUUAAAAGUCAAGAUUUUUAGAAAUAGCUAAGAAUAGAAAAUAGUAGACUCAAAGAUUACCAUUUAUAAUUAUAGAAUAAUUUUCAUAAGCGUAUCAAUUAAUAAUACCUAUGAAAUAUAAACACAAAAUGUGACCUAUUUCAGUGCAGACGAAGAUCACUUUUUAUUGAGAAAGCUUCAUAAUUCAAAAUUCUUUUUUCUAAAUUCAUAUCUAAAAAAUUUUUUAAAUCUUGUAGAACUUUCAGAAUAUCCAUUAAAGCAUCGUAAAUUAAUAUGUUAAAAGCCAUUAUAUUUUUUUUAUGUUUUGCGAAAUUUAGAGUGCAAAGAAGGAAGAUAUGGAGACGAAUGUUUAAACGUGUGUCAAUGUAGCAGAGAGUUCACAGUCAGUUGUAAUAAUGUAGAUGGCACUUGUGCCUGCAAAAAUGGCUGGAAAGGUUCUGACUGUUCUGUAGACAUAGACGAGUGUAGUGAGAAGCUUGUGACAUGCCCAAGACAUACCACAUGCAUCAAUACUUUGGGGGCUUAUUUUUGUGGGUGUCUUCAAGGAUUUGUGCAAAAUAACUUGACCGGAAUUUGUGAAGGUGACUUAAGAAAUUAAUUAAUAAUUUUAAAAGUUGUUAAAAUGCAACACACAUUAUUUGUAAUCAAAUUAGGAAUUAAAUCGCUGAAUAAAAUAAAUUAUACGUCUAUAUUAAGGAUACUAAACAUAGUGAUCUGAAAGGUUUAUUUACAGAAACAAUUACUAAUUGAUAUACCUUUAGAUUACAUCAUCCCUCUUACUCCCAGUAAGGUGUAUUAUAACCCAUCGGCCAUAGGUCAAUUUCAACAUUAACAUCUUUAACUCACUUAAUUGUUUAUUCCAUAGAACUUUUUUUUUUUACAUAAGUAUAUCAUAUCAGAUAAGUUUUAAGUUAGAUAUUUAUAAAUUGGCUUCUCUAUUAGAUUUUUUAUGCCAUUGAAAAAACUUAUUCCAUAAAUCAAUAAAUUCUUCUUGCUUAAUUAACCAGAUAUUGAUGAAUGUAUCAAUGAAGAGAGCCCAUCUUGUGAACACAUCUGUAUUAACACCGAGGGUGGGUUCAGGUGUUCCUGUGUCCCUGGCUACCAGAUUGAUCUGAAAGAUGUCACUAGAUGUACUGGUGAGUUUCAUAAGGCUAACAAGGAAAUGUGAGGAAACAGAUCUCAUGGUUAUUUCAGCUUUGAACUGGAGCUGGGGUAGUAUCAGAUUUGUAUCAACAACUGUGGCUCACUGUGACAAUCUAUACAUAAGUGUCUGCAUGCAUCUUUUCUUAUUCACUAGAGAAUAAAUCUCUGGGCAUUUUUCAGCCACCAGAAACUGGAAAGGUCUGAACCUCUCAAUGGGUUGUAGAGGAUUUGGUUAAUGGCCUAAACUCACCACCUUUCUCACCUCAAGGGACAAGCAGUAAUCUUUUAAGAGAGGUGACUGGUUGCCUCUGUCAAUGAAAUUUUUCUUUUUUAAAAUAUCCAUGCUCUCUACCUGUGUAUGAUCACAUACUUGGAUUCUAUGAAAUUUAAAACUGAAAAGUGGUGGUCACAAAAUAUAUUUAAUUACUCAGAUUUAUAUAUUACAGCAGGAGUAGAGAAUGUACUCAAGUGCUCGUCAUGUAAAGUAUUAUUACUUAAGCAAAAAUGAAUGCUCAAAGCAUAAGUAGAAAUAAAUGCUCAAAGCAUAAUAGAAAUAAAUGCUCAAAGCGUGCUACUGUGUUUGCAAUUGUUUCAGAAUGCGAAGAUGGUAAGUUUGGAAAGCAGUGCCUCCAGACCUGCCAGUGUAACUCGGAGAACACAUUUUACUGUAAGAAGUCUGAUGGGACUUGUCUGUGUAAACCUGGCUGGUCAGGCACACAUUGCUCAGAUGGGAAAGAUUCCCCGCUUAUAGGUCAGUAGUCCAGAUUUAGCUUGUACACAUCUUGUUUAACGAGACCACCAUUGCAGUAAUUGUCAUUUUUUAAAAUUGUAAUGGGAAGAGAAAUUAACAAUAAUGUAGCAACUUUAAAGCCAAUACUAUUUUCAU